ACAAGUGCUGAUACAAGUGACGGAAUGUUUGUUUGAAAACAAUCCCGAAGGGGUCAUGGAGAAGAAAUCCUUGAUUGGCAAUGUUUUCCUGCCACAGAACUACGUGGACAGUGUCUGUCGCGUCUGCCUAGAGAUGAACACAGGGCUUGUCAGUGUCUUCUCUACGCUGAUGCUGGAGACGAGCGAUGACGGUGAGGGUGUGAAAAUCUCUGAUCUUGCUGCCUACACCCUGAAUCUCUUUAUUCAUCCAGAAGAUAAAUUGCCCAAGAAUGUGUGUCAAAGGUGCGUGAGUAGCAUUGUGGAUUUCCGGAGCUUCAAAGUUAAGGCUCAGGAAGCAGAGAGGAAUUUCAUCUGCAGCCUUGAAGCAAUGGAAAAGAGAGAAAAGAUCACCGAGGAGGAAGAAGGAGAAGAAGAAGACAAAAACGAGCUUCCAGAGGUUAAAGAUGAAGACACUGAUCGAGAAGAGGAGAAUGUUGAUGAUCAGGAAAGCAGUGAAUUCUUCUGCUCAUCGUGCAGUAAAUGCUUCCAGAGUCAAGUGCAAUUGGAAUCCCACAUGAAGUACCACGAAUCCACCCAUUUAGUCUCAACAUAUGUCAAGUUCUUCCCAUGCCAUUCCUGCCACACGAUAUUCCUGACGGAUUCGGGUCUAUCUAAACACUUUCAGUCCUUCCCUGACCAUGUGAAUGCAUCAUCACGAAGUCAAGAUGAUGACGUUUUCGAUCCCUGUGCCUAUACAUGUGGAAUAUGCUCAGAGACUAACUCCCAUUUGGAUGAGCUGAAGAUGCACGUCUUUCAGCAUUCGGAGAAAUUUAUCUGUCCCAUCCGGGAAUGUGGUUGGGAAUAUGGAACAUUUGCACGACUCAGCUACCACAUGCGUCGGAAGCAUGUGUCGAGGAUACAGCAUAAAUGCGAAUACUGCCCAGCUACAUUUGACGACUACACGGUAUUCCGGCGACAUGUGAGAUUUCAGUGCACUGAAAGGAAGUUCAAAUGCACGCACUGCGAUAAAGCCUUCUUCAACCGGAAGGCAUUGCAAUUCCAUCUCAAGUGUACCAAUGAUAAGAACUUCAUCUGUGAGGUGUGCGGCAAGGGGUUCGGCUACCGCGGAGAUUUGACCAUUCACAUGCGAACGCACACCAAUGAGCGUCCUUUUAAAUGCAAAAUCUGCAGUAAAACCUACAAGACGGCCAGCAUGAGGAUUGCCCACAUGGAUGUUCACAUUCAGGGCAAAACCUACCCUUGUGAUAUCUGUGGGCUACGUUUGCAAUCCAGGGCAAGCUUCCGUGGACAUUUGAGGCGUCACAAGGAGUUCAAUCAGCACGGAUGUGAUAUUUGUGGGAAGCUCUUUAACAGCAAAUAUCGCCUGAAAGUUCACAAAAUAGGAUACCACAAAAUCAUGCCUAGUGCCUGAAAUAUCCAUCCCCAAGGAAACAUCCUUUAGCCCAGCUAGUCCCUCAUUAUAAUUUUUCCUUCGUAGAUCUUGAAAUAAGGAGUUUAUUCAUCGAUAUACAGGUCUUGACUUCCUUCCAAGAAACAUUCAGAGCUGUCGCAAUUAUGUAGAAGAUUAAAAAGAGAUAGGAAAUUGCCAAAGAUCCUUUUCACUGGGAUCAGUUGAGAAAAGCUAUCAAAGAAAUUUACUCAAAAAUGAACAGAAUGACGUCAUCAUUGUAUUUUUUGUCUCUUUCAAAGCAUGAUUCAUGCAUAUUGAAAGAGAUAAAAAACUUAAUAGAGGUUUUAUGAACAAACAUUUAAUGGCUUUUUCCAUUUAAUUCUUGGAAAAUGAAAAUUUUCUUUAACGAUCUCGGAAUCUUAGAUUUUUAUAAAAUUUAGUUUAUUCGGAUAGCUUCGAAGGAGAGUUUAAGCCAUAUAAAAACGAAUAAACUCCUUUUCCCAGAGAUCUAUUUAUUUAUUGUAAGAAUUACAAUUUUUCUCCUUUUAAUUAACAAGAAAUAAUUUCCCACA